AUGUAUGUUAAUCACACUAUCACCAACUAUUUUAUCAUUAAAGGAAUUUCUGAUGUUCCUGAAAUACAAAUUACAAUUUUCAUCAUAGUUCUUUUGGUUUAUCUCAUCACUCUUGUUGGUAACAUGACCAUCCUUCUUUUGAUCUGCUUGGACUCCCAUCUUCACACCCCCAUGUACUUCUUUUUAGCUAAUUUGUCCAUUGUGGAUAUGACUUGCACUACUGCUGCAUUACAUAAGAUCCUGAUGAGCUUUGUUACUGGGGAUAAAAUGAUUUCAUUUUUUUGUUGCAUGUUACAAACCUUCAUGUCUGGAUCGUUAACAGUACAUGAACUAUUUAUACUGACUGCAAUGAGUUAUGAUCGUUAUGUAGCCAUCUGUAACCCUUUGAGUUACCAUUUGAUUAUGAGCCAAAGAAAUUGUGCUUUUUUGGCCUCUCUCUGUUGGGUGUUGGGUUUCCUACUUGUUGCUCCUCUUGUGGGAAUAUUAUCUAGUUUCUCUUGCUACUCAUCAGUUGAAAUCAAUCACUUCCUCUGUGACAUUGUCCCCUUGAUGAAAAUCACUUGUAGUAACACUUCCAUUUUGGAUGUAUUAUUCUUCAUAGAAGGUUUAUUCCUUUUCACUAUCAUCCCAUUUCUUUUGACCUUCAUUCCUUACAUCUUUAUAUUAGCAGCCAUACUGAGGAUCCAGUCAAACAUUGGAAGACGUAAAGCCUUCUACACUUGUUCCUCUCACCUUACAAUAGUCAUCCUUCUCUAUACGAUUCUUGCUAGUCAAUACCUGACACCAAGUUCAACAAACUCACUGGAUUCAAAGAAACUGUUUGCAUUGUUUAAUGCAGUUGCCAUCCCUCUGCUCAAUCCACUGAUCUACAGUUUAAAAAAUAAAGAUGUAAAAGUAGCUUUAGGACGAAAGUUGAAUAGAAGUAAAAUAUUCCCCUAAAUGUUUCCCAAUAUUUCUUCCAUAUAUUUUGCUUUACACUAAGCAAAGAAGCAUGUCUUUUUCUUUGGAAAAAAAAUAAGCAUCAUUGAAGCUGUAAGGAACAUGGGACAUAUUCAGACUUUAUGAAUAUGUAAACAUCAUGCUUAAUGUGUGAAUGUGGUAUCGAGCUUCAAAUGUUAAAAUGUAUGAUUAGUCAGAUAAGACACUUACAGUAUAUAAUGAUUUGGGUAUUAUUCCAUUUGUAACUAUUUUCAUUUAUAGUUUUACUUAUUCAAUAA